AUGCGAAAUCAUUCGGAUUCCGAUGACGAGCCCAUCUUCACGCCCAUGCAGAACCUUUCCAGUAACCCGUCGGAUGUGGGGGAAGCGGAGCUGCACCCGAAGGCUGUCGCGGCUGCCAACGCCAGUAUAAGCACGAAGGACCCUUUGACAUCUUCAAAUGCGACGACGGUUGGGCACGAGAGCAAGUUCCCGCCACCACCGCUGCCUCUUGAGGCACCAGAGCCAGCGACGCCUGCCACAGUCAUCGUAGCGGGGCCACCUGGUGCCAAAUCGAAGUCGUUCUCGCUGCACAACGAACCGUCUCCCAAGCAGGCCGCGACCAGCAUCCCCAUAGCAACGUUGAGGGACGCCGCGAAGGCCGGUGCUGCGCCAGGCAAGGGGAUCGCCAACAACAUCGACUGCAGCAACUCCUUUGUCAAGGACGAUGACCUCUCGCGUGAUAGCUGCGGUAUUCCACGCUACAAUGUCCGGUACCCACAUGGCGGCAGUGGCGGCCACGGUGACAUCAGUGUGCCGUGGAACCUGCGCCCGCCCACGCGGCGCAUCAAGUGCACCUUCUUCGACUUCCUACGCGCGCCUCAGUUUUGGCGUCAGUUUGAGUUUUCUAUUCGCAUAACGGCUCUGGGGGUGCUAGUGCCUGGCGCGCUGAUCGCAGCGAAACUGCCUGGUAGCCCCUUCAUAUCUCCUUUCAUGGUCUUCGCAUCGACCUUGCUUGCGACGAAGCGGACGGCUGGCGAGGCCAUCGCAUACAUUUUCAUCUGGAUUCGUGCCGGCUGCUUGUGGCUACCGCUGUCCGUCAUCGCUGGUGCGCUGAGCCUCGGCCACCACUUUAUUGGCUGGUGCAUCUACUACUCCGCUAUGCUGUUCAUCAUGGCCACCUUCACCGAGGACGUCGUGCGCCGUCUCUCUCUACUUCUCUUCAACAGCUGCACUGUUGGGCUCCUGAUAAACAGCAACCGCGGUGCUGUCUUUCCGUGCCGUGUUAUGGUGGAUUGGUGCAUUGGCACCGGACUUUGCGUCGUCGCCGCCUUCUUUCCCUACCCGCUGUUCUGCAAGCGUGAGGCACAGCGGCUUCUUCGCGACAUCGGCCGCAACACCGCCACGGCGUACCGCGGCCUCGUCUACUCCUUCUGGAGUCCGUCCAAUGUGGAGCGCAACAUGGCAAUGUCGAAGGUGCGGAUCAUGACCGGCUCCCUUGACGUGCUGCUGCCGUUGUUUGAGCAUUACCAGAGCUUCUCCUUCUACGAGUUCUUAUUCGAGCCUGCCGAAGUGCGGGAGAUUCGUGCGCUCAAGUUUGCUCUGUGUGAGCGCCUGCGUAUCAACCUCAGCAGCAUGACACGUGUGCUGGAUAUGGUCGAGGCCAAGCCGAGCGCGAUCGACGACUCCGACCGCUCCAAAGCGUUUGGCGAGCUACUGAACCCCCACCUCAACGCCGUUGCUGAGGUUUUCGACGAACUCUUGGACCUGCUCACCAAAGCCAAGACGCGCAAGGCUAUCCUGGGCCUGCAAGAGCGUUUCCAGUACUUUGCCGACCGCACCGACGACUUACAGGACGCGUUCAAGCUGGCGCGUCGCACGAUCUUCUAUGAGUAUACCUCUGGCAUCUUGGAGGAGUUCGUUCCGCUUAUGACUUUCUACCUCUUCACGGUGGUCUGCGUCCGCGACACCAUCGACAUCUUCCAGACAAAGAUCAAGGCGUACCACCCAAGCGUCGUGAGCACUAUCGAGCAGAUUUGGAUCAAGACGGCAUGGGAACCGCUGAAGGAGAACCUGCACUUCCUCAAGAGGCUUUUCACGGAGUGGAACCGCCGCGAAGUCCAGCGUGUUGUCGAGGCCGCCAAGGUGAGCGCGGCGAUGAUUUUGACGAUUGGUUUCUCCUACCUAAUCAAGGUCGACAAGGACUCCUUCUCUGGUCCGAACAUUAUCGCCUUCGUCUCUGGCUCAAACCCGGUCGAGGCUGUGCAGCAGUCCAUCGUGCGCCUGACCGGCUGCUUGCUGGGCACGGUGCUCGGCUUCUUCGCAGGUACUUACUCGGAGACCACGGUGCAGCGCAUGGCCUCGCUGUGCGCCCUGAUCUUCUUCGGUACGUUCCUGCGCUUCGACAAGGAGUACGGCAUCAUGGCCGUGUACGCUAUGUUCGUUCUCAUCCCGCUUAUCUCGAUUCCCGAGACGACGGUGGAGGACACGGUGUCGCGCAUGAACCAGAACACGUUUGGCAUCUUCAUAUACCUCCUCGUGAGCGUGCUGGUGCUGCCGCUGUCGCCAAGCCUUAUCCUGCGCGCGAAGCGGAGCAACGUGCUGCGCUGCAUGGCGUCGGUGGUCUCGAGCAUGAUGGACCUCUUCAGUCUGCCGCUGGUGAGCGACCCCGUCUUGAACAACCACUCCAUCGCGGAGAAUCACGAAAGAGAGGGUGAGCUGCUGCCGCAGAACGUGAGUGGCGAAGAGGGCCAAUUGCCGGCACGCGGUGCGCUCACGAACCGCUCUCUGCAUCUGCUGUCCAAGACGGAUACCGCCAUGGUGCAGAUUGACAAGCAGCUGGUCGACCUUAUGCGCCGUCUCAAGAGCACGAAGGAAAUGAUGAAGUUCGCACAGGACGAACGAACGCUCAUCGAGGUUGACUACCCGAUAAAGGCAUGCGAGCAAACGUACCUGCACAUGUAUCGUAUGACGAUGCUUCUCCAGACAAUGUGGAUGAGCUGGAACGUCAUUCGUAGCCAGCGCACGUAUACAGAGGGCACGCGCCGGAUGAUGCACAACCUGCAGCCUGUGGCCCACGACGUUGCCGGUGCCUUCGAGCAGUUUGUAGACCUGAUGUGCUACAUGAUGCGCGAGCCCUCGAUCAACCUGGAGGGUGACAUCAUGAAGGCCGUCUUUGAUCUGAUUGAAGCCGCCAACGUGCUGCACAGUCGCAAGAGCCAGAUUAUGCUCAUGCUCAUCAACCAGUCGGUGCAAGACUACGCAGAGGAACACGAUUCUGGUGACAUCUCGGGCGGUGCUAGCGUUAAGAUCUCGGAUUCCGGCACUCACCAGCAGCCAGACCUCCGCGACUUGCAGGAGCGUGGGCAGAGGUCCACGAAAGAAGCUGCAACAGUGAGCACAUCUGGUGAACACCCGAAGCUGCGCUCACAGCCGAACUCUCCUGGGCUCCGCCAUUCACCUUGGCUCAGGAACGGCACCUCACGGCACAGCACGCACCCGUUCCCAGCCCUGACGCGUAGGCCUAGCAUCCCGCGGGCCGCCACGUUCGACGGCUUAUUCAAUCACUUCACACCUCUCACCCCUGUUACGUCGCCCACGAAUCAGGGCUACAACUUUCAGGUGCUUGCCUCGGAGCGCAAUGUAUCUGUGGUGCCGUACCUGCGCAAGACGGCCACAAAAGCGGCGUCAGAGCACAGCAGCCACCAAGCCAGCCCAGUGCAUCUCCCGGCGACCUUUCAGUUUCCUUUGACGUCGGAGGACGUCGAGGGCCUGCACUCUUUCACGCUGUCAAUGGAGAUGUUCGCCAACGAAACGAAGUUGCUCAUGGUCAGCAUUGGCGCGAUGCUUGACAAUUUACGCUCUAAGCUGUGA